GGCACUAUCAUUGGCGUUUUAACUGUGGACGGUUGCUACUCGCACUCGCUGGCGGAUUAACGGCACAUAAUAUAUACAUACAUAUAUGUGUAUGCAUUUACAUAUAUAUCUUUGUAUCUGGAGUCAUUAUGUACAAGUCUGCGUAGAGGGGAGUGUUCGGAGGCAGAAGGAAGGCCAUUCUUAACGAUACAAACUUAUCGCAAGUCUUAACAAGAUAUUGUUACAAACAUUCCACAACAAAAACAAAAAUGAUGUACCAAAGCAGUUGAUUAAGAAAAACUCACCAAAAAUAAAACCAAAAUUAACACCAAAAACCAAUAUAAUACAAAAUAUAAAUAAUACAUUAAUAUUCGAUAAGCGUUCAAAACCUUAACGUAAACGUAAGUCACAAAUAGUUUACCAAGAACUAGCUGCAAACCAAGACGCCCCUAUACAACUCGAGUGACAAGACGAAUAAAUAAUUCACGAAAACCCAGCAACAGCAAGAAAACCAAAACCAUUAAAAUGGCCGAUAAGAAAAUUGGCGAAUACUAUGCACCGCCGCCUAAAAUGGGCAAGUGGGAGGGUUUCAAAAAAUUCCUAUGGAAUAGUGAAACUAGCCAAUGUCUUGGUCGUACAGGUUCCAGUUGGGCGAAAAUUCUUCUAUUCUACAUAAUAUUUUAUGCGGCGUUAACUGGAUUCUUUGCCGCAAUAUUUACUGUAUUCUAUACAACGUUGGACAACGAGAAACCAAAAUGGAUGCUUGAUAAUGGCCUGAUUGGAUCCAACCCAGGUCUUGGCUUUCGACCAAUGCCCCCAGAAGCGAAUGUGGAGAGCACAUUAGUUUGGUAUGCAGCAGCCAAAGACGAUAAUUAUAAAUACUGGGUCGAUGAGACUUCUCGUUUCUUGAAAUCUUACGAUGACCUUGACAAGCAAAAUCAUGUUAACUGCAGCUUUGAAAAUCCACCACAAGAUAACAAGGUGUGCGGCAUUGACCUCUCGACCUUCGCACCGUGUACAGCUGAGAAUAACUUUGGCUACCACGGGGCCAGACCCUGUAUAUUCUUGAAGUUGAACAAGAUAUACAACUGGGUUCCAGAGAUUUACAACGAUUCAAAAACCUUGCCAGAUCACAUGCCCGAGGAUCUGAAACAACACAUCAAGGAAAAGCAAAGCCUGCGACCCCUCGAAACAAACGUAGUUUGGGUCUCGUGCGAGGGCGAAAAUCCCGCUGAUGUUGAGAACAUCAAGUCCCGUGAUUACUAUCCACGAAUGGGUUUCCCUCGAUACUAUUUCCCCUUCAAAAAUAUUCAGGGGUACAUACCGCCCAUUGUUGCUGUUCAAUUUACGGUUGAAACCGGCGUUUUGAUUAACAUUGAAUGCAAAGCCUGGGCACGCAACAUAAACCACGACCGUUCAGAUAGAAGAGGAUCCGUUCAUUUUGAAUUGAUGGUUGAUUAAGAGAAGCGCUAAGAACAUGACGAUAGUGGAUUGGCAGUAUCACAGGAGCGGCCAUCGAAAAAUCUACGAAAGAUUUAAAUAAAAGAAAAGAAAGAAGUAAAAAACAUCAACAAAAUCCACACACAAAACAGAAACAAGAAAAGUGUAGCAAUGAGUAGACGAUUUGUGUAAUGCAAAGAAAACCUGCAAGAUACAGCAACAACCAAAGACAAAACUAAACGAAAUGAAGCUACAAAAACAAAAUGGAAAACUUAAAUUACAACAACUAGCGCUAUAAAGCAAAGUAAAACAAAAUAAAAACCUACCCAACGCUAUCUAACAAAACACCCUCACAGAAUCAGAAUCAGAAUCAGAGUUUUGUUUUAAAGCAUUUGACUAAGUUACCUGUUCAGCUGCAAAAAAACUAAAUUGACAUGCCUCAUAACAUUGCAAAAUAUUAAAUUGUUACUAAUAAACUUUAAAAGCAAGAACAAAAAAUUAGCUGAUCAUUUUUUUUUUUAUUUAUCGCCAUUAUCCGAACCUUAACAACAAGAAACAUAUAAACGACGAACAGCGCAGCGAAAAAAAAAACUUAAAAAAAACACAGCAAAUGUACUUGAAAGUUAAAAAAAUAUUUAUCAUAAAACAAUUAUUUAGUUAUAAAAAACAGUAUAUGUAUGUCUUAACAUAUGCAUAUAUAUAAAUGUAUAUAUAAAUAUAUAUUUAUAUGCAUAUAUAACUUGGUAGAUCGGAUGUCACAUAACACGUAUAUGUAUGUUUAUAUAUGUAUGUGUAUACAUUUUUACCCAUUCUUCUCUAGCCCUUUCCCCGUCAGCACCCAUUAUAUCCUAAGAGGCAGAAACAGUAUUUAGGAUCCUAAAAUAUAAUUUAGUUAAAUUUGUUAUACAAACUUACCACUUUACCAAACAAAAAAAAUGGCAUUAAAAACGCAUAACAUUUAAUUAUUUGAAUACAUUCACAAGGCAAAAACAACAUAAAUUGUAGAUUCUUAAAUAGAAAAUGAGCAAGAUGUGGCGCUGAAUAAUUAAUAAACUACAAGUAUAUAAAAGGGUAUAACUGACGAAAAACUUGAAAGCAAAACCAAGACAUAUUUAAAAUGAAUACUCUUCACUUAUUGAAAUCCCAAAUCCAAGAUCAUUGAUGGGUAAAUCGCAUGAAAUAUCUAAUUUCAAAAAGAUAAAUAAAGCAACAAAUUAAAUAGCUGGAAUAAGAGUAAACAGGUUACUGGUUACAAUAAAAAAGAAGAGCAUAUAAAAUUAAUAUAUAUUAUGUAUACACCACCACAAAACACAAACAAAUUCUAUAAAUAAAUCCAAGUUGUUUUAACUAAAAAAGAAACCGUUUCCAUCUCAUAUAAUUUACAGCAAACCCACUUAAGAGGAAAAGAAAAGUUCGCCUUUUCAGCUUUUUAUUGUUAUUCGUUUUUUAGAACCAAACAUGAAUAUUGCUUUCCAAAUUAUAUUGUUUUUACAUAUACACAAGCAGUUAACCCGUCUCUAAUAUGAUAUGAAAAAUAAAUAUUUGAGCCCCAACUAACUUUAAAAAAGCUGUCUAUUUUCCAAUACGAAAUACUUGAAAUGGUAAAGGAUAGCAAGCGGCAUACCAAAAGCUUAAUAAUUACCCCCUUUUCCAUCCACUUUAACUAGUGUAAUUUCUAAGAGUAAAGUAAGGUGAUGAGCCAGAUAACUUGGUAUUAAAUUUUGCCAAAAAAAAAAACGAAAUGCAGUAAAUAAAUCAAUAAAUAAAAGUUGAGCGGGAAAUAUUACAGAUAAAUAUAAACAUUUAUUUUAAAUAAAAUGCUUACUUUCAUAAUAUUUCCUUCAACUGCAAAAAAAGGUAAAUAAUAUUUGGGUUAGAUUUAAAUUCAGAACUUAAACUUUUUUUGUUUCAUACAAUUAUAACUGGCCCACAGCAUAAAGUACAUUCCGUUUUUAAGUAGUUUAUUUUGUUUAAUAAACCAUUUCGAAACAUACUCUUUAAAGCAAGCUUUUGUGGAAAUAUAAUAGAACAUUUGUUUUCUAAUAUCUUUGCUAGUGCAUGUUCUCCUAAGACUAAGCUAAAAAAAUUAUGAUAUGAAAACAGUUAGUUAAGUAGUAUAAUGAAAUGGCAGCAAAAUUGUCAUUACUGAGCACCAAAAUUCCUGUUGGGAGAUCUAUUGAAAUAUGAUUCCGCUAGUGUCCAGGUAACCGCGGGCAGGGUUUAAAACAAAUUGAGCUACCAUAUAUACUUAUAGGUUUAUUUUUCAUCUCAAGAUUUUCGCGCACAAAAUUAGACUUGAAGACGAUAUUUUAUUUGGUUUUGACCCGGCAAAGUGUGUUCCCCAAAAUCCGCCGAUAAAUAUUAAUAGGUUAUCUAGGGUAAAAAAGAACUUGUAAACAAAACAUAAUGAAUAAAUAUUUCCCAUAACAAGGUAUAUAAUAAACACAUAAAGAAGAAAUGAAAAAAACUGCCAAGUAAAUGUUUGACCCUAUAGCUUACAAAAACUUAUUUGAAAAAGUUUAUUUAAUUCAGACUCACACUGCUUUCUCCUGUCAGCGGUUGCUAGUUACUCGCCAUAUGACUCGGAUGCAAAAUGUUAUUCCUUAAAAGACUUCAUAUUCUUCAGUAGGCGGCAACAACUAGCACACAAUUUAAACAAAUUAAAUUUAACAAGCAUAUAUAUAAACUGCCAUUUUUUAUGUAUGUAAAAUAAAACGUAAUGAAAGACAAAAACCAUUAAAAUUGACAUUUUUGCAUGUAAACUGACAACCAAACCUUGAUACAAAUUCAAGGCUACAACAAUAAAUGUUCAAACGAAUUCAAAAGGAUUUUCACAUGAUUGUUUCAAGGAGUUUGCAUAGUCACCUAUAUGUGUAAUAAUCUUGUUCAACUUUCGGUACAUAAAUAGCAAAUUAGGCCGCAAGCCUUUUAACAAAAAUUCCUUACUAUACAGAUUUUCAAGGUCUCCCACAGAAAAGUGUGUCACACUGCGGCAUAUGUACCAAACAAAAAUGCAAUGCGAGAAAGGACAAAUAUAAAAAUUAUUUAAAGAAAAUUUGUUGACUUUAAAUUUAUUUGCAAUUGGCAUAAAUAGUUGCAAAAAACGAAACAUGAUGGCAAAUUAGCAAACAAAUAAAGUGAACUAGAAAAAUAAAAAAAAAAAACUGUAUUUAAAAUAAGCUACUUAGAUCUAAGCCAGUAUAACAUAAAAACGUAUAUAUACUUAUAAAUAUAUGCAAAUGUUAUAUAUAU